GGCAGACUGGAGUCCCCUAUCCAGCUCCAAUAGAGCAAGUAGAGCCGCUCUUGUGCAACCAACACCACCACCUCCUCCUCCACUGAUUCACAGACUUCAAAUUCCCCCACAAGCAGCCCAUCAGCUUCCACAGUGAUCAGAUUAAUAACAACAGUAGCCUGUGAUCACACAGGAGGAGAUAACCAGCGCUGCUCGUCCUCCGCGGGAUACUUGGAUAGCUACAGCAACAGGAUCCAUCCCUCUCUCCUCUUUUUUUUUUCAACACGCCUGAUCCACACCUGUGUUUUCCACUUUGAGAACACCCGCUGUUUUUUGUGUGUGUACUUGGAUACCUGCGCGUUGUCCUUUUUAUAAAUGUCGGACUGAACAUAACUGCUAUGACAGGGAAACUAGCGGAGAAGCUCCCUCUUACGAUGAGCAGUUUAAUAAACACGAUCCCUGACAGUCUGUACCCAGAAGAGGACAUCCCGACGUCUAUGAAUAUUUUCACCAGUACGGAAUCUAUUAACCACUAUUCACAGAUGAACACAGAUAAUAUCAUGGAUCUGGGCAUGGGAAGCGAGAAAGCCACAGCAGAGAUUCAGUAUGGAUCCAGCUUCCAGUCCAACCGCAGCGGGCAGACUGUCACAUAUCUUGGGAAGUUCGCCUUUGACACUCCUCCGUCAGGUGGCAUCGGUGGUUCUGGCUGGUGCUCUGAUAACAAUAUCAUCAGUCUCGUCAGCGCGGGGAUCCUGGGCGUUUCUCCAUCACCCGGCACGGUAACGACGCAGACAUCGUCCUCCGCAGCCAGCAUGGGCGGACAGACGUCAGACAUGGAGCAGGUUUAUGGUCCACCACUGCCUGCCUAUUCCACCUGCAGCGACCUGUACCAGGACCAGGUCUCCUUCCACCACAGCCCAGCCACUAGCACGGCUCUAGCCUACCCUGGCAAUGACUAUCACUCCACAUCCAAAGCCUCCAUGGAUGGCAGCCUUUUCUCCAUGAUCCCUGACUACAACCUUUUCCAUCAUCAGGGGGAGGUUGGCGUGAUGGAGCACAAGCCCUUCCAGACCAUGGACCCCAUCCGAGUCAACCCUCCACCUAUCACGCCCCUGGAGACCAUCAGGGCAUUCAAAGACAAGCAGCAGAUUCACCCAGGCUUCAUCGGCGGGCAGCAACACCCUCCUCAGCACCACCCACCGCCACAAACUCUCACCCUCAAACCCAUCCGACCACGGAAGUACCCUAACCGCCCCAGCAAAACCCCGGUCCACGAACGGCCGCACGCCUGUCCGGCGGAGAACUGUGACAGACGUUUCUCACGCUCAGACGAGCUCACACGUCACCUUCGCAUCCACACAGGUCACAAACCUUUCCAGUGCCGAAUAUGCAUGCGCUCCUUCAGCCGGAGCGACCACCUGACCACACACAUCCGCACACACACGGGCGAGAAACCCUUCUCCUGUGAGUUCUGUGGACGCAAGUUUGCCAGGAGUGAUGAGCGAAAGAGACACGCAAAGGUUCAUCUGAAACAGAAGGACAAGAAGCCAGCUGACAAGAGCAGUGGGGCAGCUGGGAGCCACAGCUCGCCGCCCAGCUCCUGUGGGGGGCCGACGGUGGGAACGUCAUGACCGUCAUUACGUGCACUUGGACUGGACCCUCACCAUGCCCCAUAAAGAGACUUAGGAAGAAGGGAUCACGUCCACUAUGAGAUAAAUAGGUGACACUUUUUCCUCUCUUUUAUGUCCCCUGCUCUUUUCAUUUCCUUCUAUUUUGAGAUGGAUGCCUUUAGUUUCAGUGAAGGGGGAAAGGCUGCUACGCCCUUCUCCUUCAAGUAACUCAGAGCCUCAGCUACUGUAACACAGUGCCAACACAAAGAAGGGCACAAUGGCACAUUAUGUCCACAAGGCCACUGUAUAUCUAUAGGUUUAUCUAUAGGAUACACUUCUGUAAUUUUUAUCGACUAUUUCUAAAUUGGAAGGAAGCCAGAAUCCAUCAUAGGAGUCAAAAACAGACAAAAUUACAAGGGAGUUUAGUUAAAGGGUGAGUUGUCUGGGUUGUAUGCAUUAUUUUUAUUAGGCUGUUUAAAAGUGCAAUUGGUUAUAUUUGUGUACUGUCAUGGAUACCUUAUUAGUGGCACCUCCUUUCGUUGUUUUCGUUAAGGUGUCGUGUUUUUUUUUUAUGUUCUAUUUGAAUGUUGUUUUCUCAAAAGAAUGUGCCAAAUGUAUUGUGGUGAUACAGCCAACCUUGUUCUUAUUAUUGUGCCUGACAUUUGCCAAACAUAACAGUGAUAUCAGCUUAUAGCAGACAUGUGGAUUCAAAGGAAAGAUUCAAACACAGUUUCUCAGAUUUAGAUUUACCUGCACAAUUUGGUGAAGUCUAGAUAAUGACUGAAUGGGUUACACAAAGCAAACCGAUGUCUUGUCCUGUUACAUGUUCUUAUAAAACAAACAUGCCUGCAGCAAUCAAUGCCUUUGCCAAUACUUAUUUAUUUGUAGUCACUGAGAGACACUGUGUAUUUUUGUUGCCUUUUUUAUACGGUGGCUUUCUGUGGUGUUACCAGUUUUAAUUUCUGUUGCUUUUUAUUUUUCAAAGCUCACCAAUACUGUUCAGUUUUCUUGAGUUCUGCAAUUAUAUGCAAUAUAUUUGUGACAUAUGCCACCUACCAUAAAUCAAAAUAACUAAGAGCACAGUUAGACAGAGUGAACUACUUAUAUAAAUAACACUGGGUUGCAAACCAGCAGUAUAUGAACGCAAAGCUGCAUGAAGGAUUCAAAGUGUAAAAAGACUAAAAUACUUGAUUUAAAUCACCAAACAAUGAGCAGCAUAUGGUAAAGAGAAAAACUGAAAUCUCCAAAUCCAUGUUUACAUCUUUUCUAAUACGGAGAGACUGAGUUGUAAACUAAGGACUUGUUGUUUUUGUACAGUAUACAAACAUGUAUGCAGGUAGCUACAGUAGAAGUUUCACUUUUGUACUCAAUUGUCAAAUGCACCAUAACACAGUAUUAAAUUGUGCAUAUAUGUGCAUGCCUUCAUGCACACAAUGUAAAUAUACAAAUGUCUGCAUAAACAAGAACUUUCAAUUGACUGAAUGCUUGUGCGGAAUGUGUCUUAAAGCUUUUAGUAAUGUAGUUAUAAUACAGAAUAUUUUGCUGUCAUAGGUCAUUGCAGAUUUUUUUGGGAGCACUGCAAUAGUGCCAAAUAUGGUAUAUUAUCUUCCAGAAAAGAAAAAAAAGAAUAAUUGCAUUUGCACCAUUUGUACGUUUUAAAGUGGUAUCUGGUUUAAGGAAGCACCAUUGUGUUCUCUGAAUAAACAACAAGAUUUUUUUUACAUUUUAUCUCCAUUAUAGUUGCAAUCACUUAUUUCAAUUAACACAUCUCUCCCAUUACAUAGAAAACACUGGCUGUAGAUUCAAAACUAAAUGACUGGAUCCUGUCUUAUACAAAAUACAUUACAGGGCUUUGCCAAUAUUUUUCACAUUCCUUAGUGAUAUUUGUCCUGAUGAAAGGAAAUAGAUGUAGUGUCAUUUAUUGAAACAUCUUGUUUAGGCUCAUCUCUUACAUUAGUUUCAAUGGGAUGUUUUGUAACAAUAUUGAUAAAUGCACAGCAAUGACCACAUUCGAUAAAACUACUGAUGCCAGCAUAAUCGCUUUUUCUUUGUUUAAACUAAUCUCUCUAAAUCAGGAUGUUUUUUUCCUCAAAGACUGCAUUAUGGCUCAAUGAAGCAAAAUUUGUGGAGUAAUAAUAACCUUGUCCACGUGCUAAAAUAGUUUCCAAUUGUAUCCUUUGCGUUUAUCACUUUAAUGUCAGAUAAGUAUCUCCACACCAUUUACUUUGACUGACAAUAUUUCUGGUCAUUUGCUAUCGUCUCUGACUAUUAAGGAGUGUAUGCAGUGUGUGAAACAGUGAAUAAAUAUAAACACCAUUAUCUGCUGGAAAAAAACACAUUGUACCAGUCAGUAGACAUGGCAAUUGGAAUCAAAGAGAAUAUCGACUGACAAAUGCAAAGGCCAAAAGAAAGGUGCAGAACAGCAGUGCCACAGUGAACACAGUGCAUGCAGAAAUGAGCUUCCAAGGCCAUGCUUUCCCUUUCCUGUAACAACCAGUUUUCACUGCUCAGCUUCCUGGCAAGGGUCCACUUAUUUUCCAAUUAAUUUGGCCUCAGAGAGUCUUUUCUCAACUCAUCUACAUGGUUAAAUGAACAGACCUCCUUGCACUUUUUUUCAGAUUCACACACCCUGUAACAUCUAGCUGUAAAUCAAUAGUUUUGUAUUGCAAAAACACAAUUUUAUUGCAUGGAUGGUCGUCAACAAAAUUAAACUUUUCUGAGGGUAAUCCAAUGAAUUCAGCUGAAAUCACAAUUUAAUAAACUGAAAAUGUAACUUUUGGCACAUUAUAUUAUGCAGCAUUCCUCAUCUCUGUUCGCAGAUAAUUAACUUGAUAAUUCAAACAUUAGAUUGGGAUUUGCCAGGUUAAAUCCUGUUAUGAGUGAUAGCCUCCAAUGUAAAUGUUGCGUAGCGGACAGCCUCAUGGAAUCACCACAAAAGAGUAUUUAAAGCAUAUGAGGUGAAAGAAAAUACAAACUGUUUAUCUAGAAUAAUUAAAUGUUAGACACUGUUCAUUAUAGACUCAUUUUGAAUUUAUUUGACCAAAAAUGAUGCUCUUGCGUGCUCUUGAUUUGACACAUUGCUGGUGAGAAUGGAUGUUUUUAAUUAUAACAUAGAAUGUGACCUCCUCCAAGAGAAAACUGUGUUUAUGUUUGCUUUGUGUUGAGGAACGAUGCAGAGUGAGGCAGAGACUACACCAAACUAUUUCCACGUCUAAAUGAAGCCAUGUAAUUACAACUUUGCAAACUCAAUAUUUCAUCAGUCACAUCCUCUCACUGUUUGUCACUUUUGUUUUGUGACACUUUUGUAAUGGACAGAUAGAUUUUGUAAAAUUUAUAUGAUCCCCUCCAUCCCACUCCUUCAGUAUAAUUUGGUGGUUGAACAACAAUACAGGCUGCACCAUGUUCUGCUGAACAAUAAUCCCUCUGUGUAAUGUGUGAAUGCUAUAGAUAUAUGUCAAUUACUCUGUUAAACAAACUCAGUAACAACCCCCUCUUAAUAAUGCUUCUUCAAGAAUAAUUUAUUUUAUGUUUUUAUGUUUUACUGUCCAAAAGUGGGCGGCUGAACGCUCUGAAAUUGGAAUUUGCCUCAUCCUCAUUCUCUGCUCCAUGUUGGAUCCGAGCCAACAUCAGCAGCCAUCUUUGUGCCAAACUGGGUUGCAGGGUUGGCUGAUCAAAAACAAUAAUGAGAUGAGAACUCCACAGGAGAAACAAAUCAUAAAUGUGACCUCAGCCUGCUUGCAGUUGAAGGCAGCCUUGUGCUAAUGUUUGUGUUUAGCUGUUUGAUUUAGUCUCCGUGAAGUUGGCCUCAGGCAGGGCAAUAGGCUUGGGCUCAUUGGUGACAAUUAAUAAUUACAAGAUUUAAAAAAAAUAACAACUCAUGUUUAAAGAGAUUUCAAUAAUGUGUAGAUAUUAUAGGCUACUCAUGUCAUCUUAUGGACUACAGGGUGGCUUCAGGGAUUUUGUGGAUGUCAACAGUGACACUAUGGUGUUCAGAUGGAGUCGGUACUCACUGUUUUCUGUUGUGUUGUGUUUCCUUUUCAUUACAGUAUAUCCUCAUGUUUGCAUGUGCACGGAAAUGUUCCAAAGUGCUACCCUCACAUGCUGUGGGUGGUGCUCAUUUCUUUAUUAUGCAUGAAAAUAAUUCACAUUGGGUGAAAUGGGAUAAACCUAACAACAAUUCAAGACAGACAAUUGAAAACACACACUGGGAUAACUGUUCUGUUGGCUUUUUUCUUUUUCCUUUUUUUUUUUUAAGAAAACAAGGGGUCUUGUUUAAAAUGUUGUGGAUGUCUUUAGCCUAUUUCAUGUUUUAUUACCUUAUAAUAAGGUCCUUUUAUGAUGAGCUGAAUAUUGAAAUGAAUUUUACUAUAUCCUUGUGAUGGGGAGAUAUGCUCCCCUGUUUACUUGGCACUUCAGUUUGUUGUAAUGCAAUUGUUUUGUUAUUUCUAUGUAAGUACUUGAAUAAAGAAAAAUAUCACUUGC